UGUGUGUGAAUAAUCAAUUUGAAUUUGAAUUUUAACUUGAUCGAGCAAAAGAACAUGGGCUCCUCCUCAACAUGGCUGCUUCUUUUCUUUUUUGCUCCUAUAGUAGUCUUAGACCAGCUUGUUGCUCCCAGCAGAUCGAGGCAAAUGGGUUUCUCAAUAUGGUUGCUUCUUUUCUUAAUAAUCUUAGACCUCCUUGUUGUUCCUACCUUAGCCCAAGCUUGCUCUACACUUGACUUCUGCUGGACAUGUUCCAAUACGUUCCAAUACACUAAUGGCAGCGUGUACCAAAAAAACCUCAACAGCCUCCUCUCCAAAUUUUCUUCCAGCCCUACCCAAAACCAAGCUGACUCCGGCUUUUACAACUCUUCUCUCGGAGAAGACUCCAACCAAGUGAAUGCAAUUGCAUUGUGCAGAGGAGACCUCGGACUCGAAGCCUGUAGUAGCUGUCUCAAGAACAACACCGUCUAUCUGUUGCGAACAUGUCUGAAUCAAAAGGAAGCAAUCUUAUGGGCCCCCCAUUGUAUGGUACGUUACUCGUACAACUUGAUAUUUGGUAUUGAGAAAGAUGAUCCUAGUGUAUAUAUCCCUAGCCAAAAUAAUGUGUCAAACGAUCAAGAGUACGAGCGGGUGCUUAAUGAGUUCGAGCGGGUGCUUCAUCCCGUGUUGCAAUAUUUAAGUGACAAAGCUGCUUCAGGGGAUUCUGUUAAAAAGUACGCAGCAGGACAUGCAACAGUUCCGGGAAGGGUGAUAUAUGCACUUGUGCAGUGCACUCCGGAUUUAGACAACCAAAAUUGCAGUAAUUGCCUUAAAAAGGCCAUGUCUGAUAUUCCAGGCCAUAAUGGUGCAAGGCAAGGAGGACGAGUUCUUAAACCGAGCUGUACUCUAAGGUAUGAGGCCGGUCUUUUCUACGAGGCUACAUCAGAUUCAGAAGUAAAUGUUUCAACUCCGGUUACUCCAACAACUCCAGUAACUCCACCAUCAGUUCCAUCCAAGCAAGGAAAGAAGAGUAACACAAAAAAAACUAUCAUCAUCAUCAUUGUGGUUGUGAUUGCAUUUGUUACCAUGCUUUUCACCGGCAUAUGCAUUUUCUCAAGAGUGAAGCAACAAAGGGGGAAACUUGAAAAUGAAUAUGACUUUGAAAUUAUAAGAUCUGCAACGGGUGACUUUUCUGAUGCCAAUAAGCUUGGACAAGGUGGAUUUGGAGCUGUUUACAAGGGUAGGCUAUUGAACGGACAAUAUAUUGCUGUGAAAAGACUCUCCAAGAGUUCUGAACAGGGUGAACGUGAAUUUAAAAAUGAAGUCAUGUUACUUGCUCAACUUCAACAUCGAAACUUAGUAAGGCUCCUAGGGUUUUGCUUAAAAGAAGAGGAAAGGCUCCUCAUUUACGAAUAUAUGCCUAAUGCAAGUCUUAAUCACUUCAUAUUUGAUCCAAUCAAUCAUGGGCAUUUGGAUUGGGAAACACGUUACAAAAUCAUAGGAGGAAUUGUUCGUGGUCUUCUUUACCUCCAUGAAGAUUCUCGACUUCGAAUUGUUCAUCGCGAUCUCAAACUUAGCAACAUUUUGCUAGGCGAAGAUAUGAACCCUAAAAUUGCAGAUUUUGGUAUGGCAAGAUUGUUUGCUAUGGAUCAAACUCAAGGAGCUACAAAAACCAUUGUUGGGACCUAUGGAUAUAUGGCGCCAGAAUAUGCAAUUCAUGGCCGCUUUUCUGUCAAAUCGGAUGUCUUCAGUUUUGGUGUGUUAGUUCUUGAGAUAGUUAGUGGUAAGAAGAUUGGUAGUUUCCGGAAUGGUGAAAAUGAAGAGGACCUUCUAAGCUAUGCCUGGAAAAAUUGGAGGGAUGAUACAAUUCCAAAUAUUAUAGAUUCCAUGUUGACAACAGGUUCAAGAAAUGAAAUGAUCCGAUGCAUCCACAUUGGUUUGCUAUGUGUCCAAGAAAAUGUGAAUGACAGACCAACCAUGGCUUCAGUUGUUUCCAUGCUUAACAGUCAUUCUCUCACUCUGUCAGUACCAUCCAAACCUGCAUAUUAUUCGCAUUACAACUCUGAAUCAGACAUAGACACAUCUAGUGCAUCUGAAAGCUUUAUUUAUGUGUCAAAAAAUGUGGUUUCAAAUAUUACUGAACCAUACCCACGCUAGGGGCCAAGUGUUUAAAUUUACUUAAGUUUAUGGAGAUCGUUUAUUUGUUUAAGUGAGCAUUUGAAGCUAGUUUCUUCCAUCAAAAUAACAAAAAGUAUGUAAUGAUUUCAGCUGACCUGAAUUGAAGUUACUUAUGGUUAAUAUUGAUGUUUUUUAUUUUUGUUUUUCUCUA